UUCAGUAACAACCCUGCACUCCCAGUUCUUGAGCUCAUCUCCACAAGAAGUACGUUCUGCAAAAUGGCGGACCCCUUGACAAUCUUCGGCUCAGCAGCCUCGGUCCUCAGCACCAUCGACAUCCUCGCCAAAGCCAGUAAAGCUAUCCUGGAACUCCGUAAUCAAUGGAAAGACGCCGACAUGACUCUUCUGAAUCUGACUUCUCAGCUGAAUGCACUGAGAGCAGCGCUGACUAAGAUCAAGAAAUGGAUGGAAAGCAGCGUGGACGAGUCCCAUCAUCAGCUCAUCAUAGACUUGGAAGCCUCGCUUCAAUGCUGCCAACUACUCGCUAUGCGGAUCGACGCCGAAAUAGGAGAAUUGCCAAAGUUGGAUGACGGAACGUUGCGUGCGGACUCCAAGGCCAAGUUGAUCUUCAAGAGUAGUGGGAUAGCCGAUUUGCAGAGCAUGAUGGACCGACAGACUUCCGCGCUUACUUUGCUUCUUACUGCGUGUAACAGCAACACCCUUGUCGAGCAGCAGAAGCUCUUGGAGACGCCCAAAACUCGGAAGACUAUUGAGACGGCUCACAAGGAUAGUGCUUCUCUGAUAGUGCAUCGCGAUGCUGCCUCUUUGCGCACGCAGCAAACGGAUAAUCUUUCCAAGCUUUCCAUGACGUUCGGUUUCGAUGGUGAUCUGUUUGGAUCGAAAGUUUAUCAGUCGGUCAUACGCGACCCUGUGAAGCUUGCGUUUCGAUCGAGACACUGGCGAGGUGGCUCGCGGGGCUCCAAGGAGUCUCAAGGUUCAGCUAUCUCUGAAGAAACCACGGUGCAAUUCCGGCCUGAGAUGAUGCAGACCCGGCGGGUCAAGACGAUCCUUGUUCUUGGCGCCAAUGACACUUCAAAAAGCACGCUCUUGAGGCAUUUGAAUCAUAUUUCCGAACCUGACAGUGAGGGAUAUAAGCUGCAGCAUAGUAAAAACAUUGAUGAGUGCCGCGAAGCAGUCUACCAGAAUCUCAGGAAUUGCUUCGAGAUAUUCGUGGAAAUCUUGCGCAAACAGUCGUUCGAGAUGGAAGAUGAAAUGGAAGAUCGAGAGAUGGUGACACAAGCGAUGACUCUGUUGGACCAGUCUCCCACCCCCAUCGAGGAAAUACACAUCAAUUGGAUCAUAUGCAUUAUAAUGAACCUAGUGGAUCUUCCGUACACCAGACGUGCCAUUCUUGUGGGGAGCGAUUAUGACCUUCCUGACAACACUGAGUACUUUUUCACAAACAUACAGAGAAUCUCUGAGCCAGGAUAUGUUCCGACGAACCUAGAUAUGUGUCACAUUCAGAACAUGACGACAGGUAUAGAGCAACAUCGUAUGGAGAUAAACGGGCAGACUUGCUUGCUAUACGAUGUAGGAGGCUCUCGCAGUGAACGGAAGAAGUGGAAGAAAUUGAUGUACGAUGUCGACCUCAUUGUCUUUACCGUUUCUAUGAGCGACUAUGAUGGGGGGACACGGUAUGACGAAUCCAAGAUGUCAGAAUCUGCAUUGCUCUUCCAAUCCUUAGCGACGAGUGACCGUCUUUCCUCCGUCAGCUUUAUCCUCCUCUUCACCAAAAUGGAUCUCUUCGCCGCUAAAAUCGCCUCUGGAAUACGCCCACUCUCUAAAUAUAACAAGGACUAUAGCGGCCCACCGACGAGUAUAGCAGUCGCACGCGAUUUCCUUACUAAAACGAUUACAGAUAUGUAUCAGACGGGUGGAAAAUUGUACGUGCAAUAUCUAGACGCCACAAACCGGAGGGAUAUCGAAGAAUUUCGGGGGGCACUUGCAAUAAUCCUCGCAGGCAAGAGUUGGAGGACAGGAGAGAGGGAGAUCGUUAGCGGGAAGGGUAGGUGGAUGAGUCAAUUCAAAAACGAAGAGCCACAUGAAGAAGCCGAGGCCAGAUCAUCAUCUCAACCCUGA